UCUUGCAUGGAAGACGAGACGUUUGGUGGUGGGUCGGCAUGGCAAUGGCAGUUGUGUUCGCUUUUCUCGCUUUUGCUUCAGUUUCACCCAUUUUCGCCCAGCAACCGGUGAAGGAGGCCGAUGCGGCCAUUGGUGAUGGCGAGUUUCGGAUGAUCGUGGAUGCAAGUACAGGUCAUGAUCCGACGAAGUCCGAAGUAGAUCAGUGGCUGGCUGGGGGUGAGCCAAACCAAGCACCGAUUGGCAGCUUGGAAAACCCAUUCAAACAAAUCCAGACGUGUGUGAAUGUUCAACAUCAACUCUGCCUGCAAUGGUCCUUAUCAAGGUCAACUGGAGGUAGGUUUGGAACCGGCCCACCUACCGAUGAUGAUAGCAACGGUGAUGGCGGACAUGGAUGGCAGACUGAUGGCUGGCAACAAAGUCAUCACAUCUGUGCCGUGCGCACUGGAACAUACCGGGAAAGUGUGAGUGUGAGUGACUGGCCAGAACAGUGUUCGUUACGAGUAGAGGCUUACAACAAUGAACUGGUAACGACGGUGUUGGUGAAGGGAACGGCCGAUAUAUCCAACCUAACCUGGCAGCCGUACAAAGGCAGCAUCAUGAUGGCCAGCUUGCCUGACGAGUUCAUCGCUCAGCAUCCAGAACCGUUCCAGCAAAUUUUCCACAAUGAAGUGAUGAUGAUGGAAGCGAGGUGGCCAAAUGCCAAGCUGGAAGACAUGUUGUCACCAACGGCCUGGUCCAGAACGGAGAAGGGCAGCGUGUACGGAAGAAUUGAGGAUAAAGACCUUUACGCGGCCGGUGUUGACUGGACCGGUGCCCUAGCCACACUGAACGUUGCCCACCAAUUCUACACCUGGACCCGCUACGUGCAGUCGUACAGCCGCGACGCCGCCGCCAAGAGCGCAUCGUUCACUUACCCGCGCGACCUGCCGGGCAUCACGUCCUGGGCCACGCGCGCCAACGCCACCGCCGCCUGGACCGGACACCAGUACUUUCUUAGUGGCAAACUGGAUGCACUGGACAGGUAGGCGUCCACUGAUAUAGCGCCUGAAUGCAAUAUCUUUUCAGUAAAACUCAAGGGAAGAAGACGCUUCAGGCUCCUCACAAUCAACAUCCCCAAAGCUCUUCCACUAGUAUUUUAUUCCCUUCCCAUCAGGUGAAACACAGGCAAAAAACCCAGACUAAGCUCAAUAAACUCAGUAUUGAUGUGCGAACAGCAGCGCAACGAAGGGUAGCCAAACAAAUCCAAUUCAAACUUAGGCCGCUGUCUGGUGGGUCGUCAACUAAUCGUUGCCUCUGUCACUUGGCUGUCUAUUGUUGUCGCAGGACAUUACAUUCUUGUUCGGUUCUUCACACAUUCUUGACCUUUUCGUCAGUGUUUUUUAUGGUCAUGAGGUUAUAUAUUCUAUCGUGUUGUUUUGGCUACUCUUCUUUGCACUGUUGUUAUCGCAUCACUACUGUUUAAAAAUUCAUUGGGCUUGGUCUGCUUCUAGUUGCCU